CCUCGGGCGUGAUUCAUCGUACCGUCGCCGCUGUUCUGCCAUCAUCGAAGUGAGCGCGAGAAUGAUGUCUGGCGCAGCGAAUCCCGUGGGAUCUGGCUCUUGGGGUGGAACUGCCGUAAGCCAAAGCUGACACAGACAACACGCGUUUAUCACCGGCUGCUUGACUUUGCCUUCAGAUAUCGAUGGAAGGGCCCAGGGCGAGAGACGUGGAGCUUUCUCAGCGUCUGAAAGGCACGUUGGAGGGCCAUGGGCUUUUCGAGAGCGAUGAAGAGACGCUGCACCGUCAACAGAUUCUUCUUGGUGAGACGGGGUAAUACGAGUGAGUAAUCGGAGCCGUGCCGGAUCUCUGUGUCUUGUCAGAGCUGGAUUCCAUCAUCAAGGAGUGGAUAUACGAAGUCGGCGUGAGUCAGGGAAUGGCCGAGGAGGAGGCAAGGCAAGCUGGUGGCAAGAUCUUCACCUUCGGCUCGUACCGCCUCGGUGUUGUGUCGCCCGGCUCCGACAUCGACACUCUCUGUGUCGCUCCGACUCAUGUGUCACGGGAUUCCUUUAACACCCUUCUGGCGGCCAAGCUAUCCCAACACCCAAGCGUCAGGAAGGUGCAGCCUGUGCCGAAUGCAUUCACGCCGGUGAUCAAGCUGAACUACGAUGGCAUUGACAUCGACCUGCUCUUUGCGAAUCUCCCGAGGCCGACGAUCCCUCCGGAGAUGGAGGACCUCGACGAUGACAACAUCCUGCGCAAUCUAGACGAGAAGACCGUUCGGUCUCUCAACGGCUGUCGAGUCGCUGACAUGAUUCUCAAGCUAGUCCCGAACAAGGAGAACUUCAGGAUGACACUACGCUUCAUCAAGCUGUGGGCGCGUAAUAGGGGAGUCUACUCAAACGUCAUCGGGUACCUGGGGGGCGUCUCGUGGGCACUGCUGGUCGCAAGGGUAUGUCAGCUGUACCCCAAUAUGUCUCCAAGCCAGCUGGUCCACCGCUUCUUCCGUGUCUACGCGAAGUGGUGAGGCACGCUCCGUGUGCAUCUCCACCUUUGACUUCGUGUAUGUGCCUUAUGCCCCAGGAAUUGGAAGAUCCCUAUCUUGCUGACACGUGUGAAGGAGCCGCAGAGCUCGCCUGGCUUGAUGGGAUUCAGGGUCUGGAAUCCCAAGGUGAACCCAGCAGACAAGCAACACCUGAUGCCGAUCAUAACGCCUGCGUUUCCAAGCAUGAACUCGACUCACAACGUGACGUUGACGACUCUGCGGGUGAUGAAGGGAGAGUUUGAGAGGGGGCACGAGAUAGCUGACAACGUCAACAAGGGACACGCAACGUGGAAUGACAUCCUCCAAGAGGCAGACUUCUUCCGGUCUGCCAAGCGCUUCCUCAUGAUUGAGAGUCUGGCCAAGACAGAGCAGGCACGAAAAUUGGGUCUCAAUCAUUGGUCCCAUUGGUCUUGUGUUUGCAUGUAUGUUCAGGUCCACCGAAAGUGGCACGGGUGGAUUGAAUCAAAGCUUCGUUUCCUGAUCAAGGCCCUCGAGCAGAUGGCCAACGUGGAGGUUCAUCCCUGGCCUAAAUCAUACGAUUUGCAGGUUCGCGAGCACUCCAGCUUUUCUGCAGACCAUCGAUCAACGAUUGUACUUCGCUACGCAUGCAGGAUGAUGAGUGGGAGUAUGCGACUGCGAUGUUCAUCGCUCUCAUUCCGAAGAGCAACGCGACGAUUGACAUGAGACGGCCAAUGACGGACUUUUGCGAGAUGUUGUACACUUGGGAGGUGAGUCAAUGAUUCCAGUGGUGUACUUAUGGAGUACUGGCUUCUUGGCUGAAUGCUCUGGUGAACAGGAUAUGAGCACGCAUUCCGACGCCGCCCAAGUCCGAUUCAAAAGCCUGAAAAGGUCUGAGCUUCCGCACUCGGUCUUCCCCAGAUCCUCAGCCGAUGAAGAGGCCGCUGGAGAUGUGGCAGCUGUAGCGCAGGAUGGCGAAGUCACUUCCGCUGUAGCGGGGGUCCAACGCAACUUCUCCGGUGACGAAGUAGAAAUUGCCCGGCCUGCCAGCCCCAUCGAGAAUACUGAAGGUGAGGGUCUAGACCGAUGCAACGCAAAUUUCCAUCUUGUGCCAUUUUCUUUUCUCUCAGAUGUUAGCGUCCGUCCUGAAAAGAGGCCUCGUGUAACCGAAGCGUCGCAUGGCGAAACCGCGAGACAGGCUGCGCAAUGUCAGUGCCCAGAAACAGCGAGUAUCGGAAAAACAUGCUCACUUUCUGAUAUCGUUGCCUGUCCAGUCGAUUUCGUGAGCCAAGACAAUAGCGGCAAGGUGGUAGUUGCGGCCGGGCGCCGCCUUGCUGGUCGAGUGAAAAAGAGGCUAGUAGUUAGGCUUUCGAUGAAAGAAUCACCGAUGUGAAUCAUGUCCGUGCAAGUCGUCCGCACUCAUCCAUUGACACGCACAGAGGAAUCACUGUGCAGCGUGUCAUGAUCGUAUGUGUGAACGUCCUACUACAUGGAGUUUCAUC